CAGACCUUUAGUAAUUCGGCAUUGCCUCUCUUCCGGAUCCUGCAUCAUGUCCGUUGCCAAAAAGGUAUCCCAUCCGUCCUCGACGUCGACGUCUCCUACAAGAACGGUCGUCGUCCUGGGCGGUUCCUACGGAGGCUCAAGAGCUGCUCAAGUUCUUGCAGAGGGUAUGCCAAAUGGUUGGAGAGUUGUUUUGGUAGACAGAAACUCACAUAUGAAUCAUGUUUACAACUUUCCGAGAUAUGCUGUUCUCGCCGGUCAUGAACAUAAAGCAUUUAUUCCAUACAAUAACUUCCCUUCUAGUUCUCUGUCAGACAUUUCUUCAUGUUCGUCUCAUGUUCGGGUGCAAGCAACCAUCACCUCCAUAGACAAUCAUUGCAUCACUCUCUCUCCAAAUCCACCAGGAUCACGACAAUCGUUCUUCGAAUUAGAAUUUGACUAUGCCAUUUAUGCUCUCGGCUCCCACUUGCCCUCCCCAAUAGACCUGUGGAGUCACCGAAAAGAAAGUGGAGUGACGUCGAUUUCGGAAUCACCAGAAAUACCAACGUAUGGAGGAACGAAGUUGGAGGGUAUCUCAUCCAUCCGAACACGCCAGAAACGCGUUGAGGCUGCGAGGUCUGUGUUGAUCGUAGGUGGCGGCGCACUUGGUAUUCAGUUUGCAUCCGACAUCGCUGCCGUACACCCACAAAAGCGCGUCACGCUUCUGCAUUCCCGUUGUCGUUUAUUGCCGAAGUUUGACGACGCGAUGCACGAGGAAGCCCUUCAGGGUUUGCAAGAGCUGAACGUUCGGGUUAUUCUUGGAGAGCGACUGGAUUUCGAGUCACUCCAACACAAAUCCACUAAGCAAGACUCUUCAGAGCCACGGGUAGUACGGACUGUAUCAGGGCUGGAGAUAUCUGCCGACCUUCUUCUCCUAUGCACUGGUCAAGCACCGAAUACGGAGCUGCUUCGUGAUAUGGACCAUCGUGCUGUAUCCCCAGACACUGGGCUGGCGCGUGUUCUGCGGACUAUGCAACUUUGCGUCCCCCCACGUUCUCUUGAGCCUCUCGAGUUUCACGCAGAUGAUGUACUGCAUUGUUUGAAGAAGUUAACUCUUAAUACAGAAGAAAGGAUAGGACAGUCAGAAUUGUCACCAUUCUCGCGAUCUAUCGCACAUGCCGACAUACCUUCGACGUCACCAUUGUCAUCCACGGAAACCCUGGUAGAACCCUACCCAUGUCAAAAGACUUUAUACCCAAAUAUUUUCGUCGUGGGCGAUGCGGCGGACGCGUUCGAUGCGAUCAAAGCUGGACAUACAUCAUAUUAUCAAGCAGAGGUCGCCGCACGGAAUAUUCUACGCCUCAUCUCUCGAGAUGAGAAAGUUGGGAUUGCGGCUGGCGACGACCUGGAUUUGGAGCUCGAGGAGUAUGCGCCUGGGCCCCCGGCCAUCAAAGUGUCCCUUGGUAUGACGAAGUCGGUAUAUGAAGUGAACGGGGUUGUGGGUACGAAGAAUGAUGGCGUGGAAGACUUGAAUGCUGCUGCGAUGUGGGCGGCGUAUGGGAUGCGGGAUGUGAGCGAGGAGGAUAUGUUUGCGUAGUUCCGUAUUUCGUUUUGUGGGUGGGAGAGCUCUUCGUGUGUUCAAGCAUCCCAUUACGAUAGUGUUCCUUCGCAGCGAUUGCAUGCAGUGUUGUGUUCGAAAUAUGUUCGCUUGUUCCUUAUUAUGGCCCAAGAUUCGGCUGCAGCCCUCGCAAAGCAAGAUAUGGAAGUCAUAAUUCCAUCUGCUGACGCUCCUUGGAAACAGUGAGUCUUUGGCGCUGAAGAGUCUUUUGUGGUUCGCCCACCCUCGGAAUCUUUCUGUAGCAAGUUCGCGAACAGAAUGCUGCAUAUCCUACGUGAUCCCCACCCGCAGAUUCAGUGAUAUAAUUCUUGCUACUCAGCAUCCGAUAUGUGCGUGAACAGUGAUGAGGCCCGUCUGCAAGAUUGUUUGGUAGUCCAGCGCUGCAUUGGUAACGUCAC